GGAACAACCGUAACCCUCUAAGCUAUUCCAACAUGUCGUCGUCCCUGAUUGCACUGUUACGGUAUUUCUAGCUUAGGCCAACAGCGGCCCAGAAGUGGGCUUAUGGCAUCUUUCCACCUGGGGAUCGCAUUUUAAGAGGUCUUCGACGCUUGGUGUUCUGAAUUUUAACGGGUAGAAAGGUAGAACUCUUCCCAACCUAGUGAGAUGGAAGUGGACGAAGAAGCAAAGGAAGAAGGGGAGAAGGACACUCCUAUGGAGCCUCAAGUUCGACCGAAAGGAGUGAUGGCUUCAUCGGGAACCCAAGGCAGCGUGUCCGUUGCUCUUCAUCCAGUCGUCAUCAUGAAUAUUUCGGAACACUGGACCCGAACUCGGGCACAGGAAGGGGAACCAAAGCAAGUAUUAGGUGCAUUGAUUGGGAGACAGAAAGGGAGAUGCCUGGAGAUCAUGAAUUCCUUCGAGCUAGUAUUUGACAUUGUGGAGAAUGAUAUCAUCAUUGACAAGUUGUACUAUUCUACCAAAGAAGAACAGUUCAAGCAAGUAUUCAGCGACCUGGAAUUCUUGGGAUGGUACACAACAGGAGAUUCUCCAAACGAGUCAGACAUACGUGUACACAAGCAAAUCUGUGAGCUCAAUGAAAGCCCCAUCUUCCUUAAAUUGAACCCCAGUGGCCGUCACACUGAUUUGCCCCUGAGUGUGUAUGAGUCUGUGAUCGACCUUGUGAAUGGAGAGGCCAUGAUGCUGUUUGUGGAGUUGACUUACAGCCUGGCCACUGAGGAAGCAGAACGCAUUGGGGUUGAUCAUGUCGCCAGGCUCUCCUCUCAAGAGGGUGAACAACACUCCCUCAUGGCACAGCAUUUGCAAGCCCAGUAUGGAGCUGUGAAGAUGCUUCACAGUCGAGUGAAAUUGAUCUUGAAGUAUGUGAAAGCAGUGGAAGCAGGAGAGCUGCCAAGAAACCAAGAAAUCUUGCGUCAUGCUCAUUCCCUCUGCCAUCGGAUCCCUCUUGUCUCCUCCCCUCUCUUUACCAAGGAGUUCUACAAUCAAUGCAAUGAUUCUCACCUGAUGGCUUAUCUCGGUGUGAUGACGACCACCUGUCAUUCCAUGAACCAGUUUGUCAACAAGUUCAACACUCUGUAUGACCGUCCUGGCCUUGGGAGGCGUGUCCGUGGCAUCUUCUUCUGAAUUCUCUACCUACAUUUGCUAAUGUCUUCUUUCCUUCUCUUGUUCAAGCAAGUGUCAUGGGAAACUACUUUGAAGCAAAAUAGAAAUUCAUUUCUCAUUGUA